UCCUGGCGCAGCACUUUGAACCGAAACUCCUUCAAGGAGCAUCCUUGAAGCAUUUCUUUCAAACUUGUUUCAACUUGCCAGACCUGUAUAACUUAUUUCCAUAUCUAUCGACAUGGCCAGCACCUCCGCUCCGAGCCAGGACUUGUACGCGGUAGCAGAUUUCUGCCUCAUUCCUAUGGGCACAGGCGAACCAUCUGUGGCCGAGUACAUCGCAGAGUGUUCACGGGUGCUUCAGAAGUCAGGUCUAAAGCAUCAGGUCAGUAUAUGUCAUGAAGCUCUCGUCAGAUGUACCAUAUCCCUGACAUCUCCUUCUGCUAUACAGCUGCACGGAUAUGGUACCAACCUAGAGGGGCCUUGGUCAGAAGUCGUCAAGGCCAUUCACGACUGUCACGCUGCUGUACAUGCCAAGGGGGUACCGCGCAUAGCUACCGACAUUCGCAUUGGCACCCGGGUCGAUCGAGAAAUCGAACCUGGCACUGGAAAUGAGGGCAAAGUCAAGCGUGUGCAAGACAUUCUUGCCAAAGAUAGCGCAGCUUAGACCCCGCUAAUUUUUCAUCAUGGAUCCUACCCAAGAAGUAGAAAUGGUAUAAUGUGUACGGUUAGUGUUACCUAUACAAGAAGUUGUUGAGACUCGAAAUGCGCCCUGCAUCGACUCGUAACUGAAGCCUCUUUCGAAAACACCUCAAGAACUACCGUCACCAUGGGACAUCAAACGGCUCAAAGCUAUGCGGUUUGCAGGGACGUUAUAAUGAACGAAUGAAUGGGAUGACGUCUG